ACUCUCUCUCUCUCUCUCUCUCAAUCUGUCCAACCCCACAAGCUCUUACGGAAGAGUCACUGUGCUUUUCCUGCUUAAAGUGUAGUGGGGUUGUGCUUUUUGGUUUCAUCUGCUGUUAGAUUUUUUUUCUGAACAAGGAAAACAGCUGCACUUGCAUCACAACUCAAGCCUUAAAGCUUUAGUUCUGAAAAAUAUAGAAAAAAAGAAGAAGAUGGAAACACGAGUGUCUUCCACCAAGAUCAUUCUUGUGCCAUUACCUGGCUGUUUUUAAUGCUUUGGUUGACAUUAUUGAGGGUAUGCUUUAAUUGAAGAUUUUGUUGUGCUUGUCCUUGGAUGUGACACGCAAGUUUUGCUUCAACAUGUGCUGCUGCUUCCACCGAAUUCUCUUCAAUUUUACUCUCCAUGCUGGGGUGUUGUUGGUGAAAGAAAGCUGAGAGAUCUUCAGAGUUGUUGAUCUAGUUUUUCUUAAGGAGAAAAUGGGACUGCCGCUUAUUUUCUUGCUAAUUGAGCUGCAUUUAGUGGUCAGCACUCAGCAGGUCCAUGAAUAUGCAGCCACCAAGCUGCAACAUUCCAGUGACAGAAACCAUUUUAGUAUUGCAAUCCCACCAACAAAGUCAUCUUCUGAAGGUCAUUCAAGUAUUGCACACCCACCUUCCGAGUCAUCUUCUGGUGUACCUGCAAGUAUUGCACUUUCACCUUCCAAGUCAAUUCACAAAGCUCCUAGAAUUAUAUGGACACAUGGUUCUGUGGAUUCUCCUGUAUCACAUCAUAAGCAUUACCAUUCCAAAAGAAAGUCCCACAAUCCAACUCCAGCGCCAACCUACCCAGUCCAGGCUCCUUCAUACAGUCAUCAAGGCCCUUCAGUCUUCAGAUGGAAACCUCCUUUCUCUUCACCAAAAAGUAGGGAUGUUCAUGCCCCUGCACCUGCACCAUCACCAGCAAUUCUGCCAGGUCACCUUGAUGUACCCUCUCCUUCACCUAGAAUUUCUCCUCUAGGUUCAUCAUUGAAGAAGAAAAAGACUCCACCACCAGCAUAUACAUUGGUUCUGCCACCGCCACCUCCUAAUAAGGAUUGCUUGUCGAUGACUUGCUCAGAGCCCUUGACAUAUACACCUCCUGGGUCACCUUGUGGUUGUGUAUGGCCGCUUCAGGUUAAACUCCAUAUUAACAUUGCAAUAUACAAGGUUUUUCCUUUGGUCUCAGAGCUAGCCAAGGAAAUUGCAGCAAGUGUUCUGCUGAACCAUUCCCAGGUUCGCAUUGUGGGAGCUGAUGCAGCUAAUCAGCAACUAGAGAAAACCACUGUUCUCAUAGACUUAGUACCCAAAGGAGUAAAAUUUGAUGAUACCACCGCAUUUUUAAUAUAUAAGAAAUUCUGGCACAGGGAGAUUCUGAUAGAUGCUUCAGUCUUUGGUGCUUAUGAAGUACUCUAUGUUCAUUAUCCAGGUCUUCCACCUUCUCCACCUUCAACUCCACAAGAUGCUUCUGGUAUAGAUGAUGGGCCAAGUCCAGGACAUGAUAACAAUGGAACGAUGAUGAAACCUUUAGGAGUAGAUGUCCCAAAGAAGAAAAAAGAAGGGAAUAAUGGAAGAAUGAUUGUUAUAAUUGUGCUGUCAUCAGUUACUGCUUUUGUUGUAUUCAUUGGUCUUGCUUGGCUUUGUCUGCUGAAAUGCCGCUCCUAUGUUCAUGAACAUGAACCAGUUCCAGAUGGUUUUAUUUCACCCUCUUCUAAACAAUCAACAGGGGCUGCUAGGUCAUUAACUCAAGGGAUCAGGCUAGGCUCUGGAUCACAGUCCUUCAAUUCUGGAACAAUAACAUAUACAGGGUCUGCUAAGAUUUUUACUUUGAAUGACUUGGAGAAAGCAACAGAUAACUUUGAUUCUUCAAGAAUAUUAGGAGAAGGUGGCUUUGGGCUUGUUUACAAAGGUAUUCUAAAUGAUGGGAGGGAUGUAGCUGUGAAGAUUCUCAAAAGAGAUGAUCAGCGAGGUGGCCGUGAAUUCUUGGCAGAAGUUGAGAUGCUUAGCCGUCUACAUCAUAGAAAUUUAGUUAAAUUACUAGGUAUAUGCAUAGAGAAACAGACUCGCUGCUUAGUUUAUGAGCUUGUCCCUAAUGGAAGUGUGGAAUCCCACUUACAUGGAACUGACAAGGAAAAUGAUCCACUUGAUUGGAAUUCCCGGAUGAAGAUUGCUCUUGGUGCAGCUCGGGGAUUGGCCUAUCUGCAUGAAGAUUCAAAUCCAUGUGUCAUACAUCGAGACUUCAAGGCCAGCAACAUCUUGUUGGAGUACGAUUUUACACCCAAGGUCUCAGAUUUUGGAUUGGCUAGAACAGCACUGGAUGAGAGAAACAAGCACAUCUCCACACAUGUUAUGGGAACAUUUGGCUACUUAGCUCCUGAAUAUGCAAUGACUGGCCAUCUUCUGGUCAAGAGUGACGUUUAUAGUUAUGGAGUUGUACUCCUUGAGCUCCUAACUGGAAGAAAGCCUGUGGAUUUGUCACAACCGCCAGGUCAAGAGAAUCUUGUGACAUGGGUUCGUCCACUUCUCACAAGUAAGGAGGGUUUGCAGAUGAUCGUAGACCCAUUUGUAAAGCCUAACAUUUCUGUUGAUAUUGUGGUAAAAGUUGCAGCAAUUGCAUCCAUGUGUGUGCAACCAGAAGUCUCCCAACGUCCUUUCAUGGGAGAAGUUGUUCAGGCCUUGAAGCUAGUAUGCAGUGACUUUGAGGAAACAGACUUUAUAAGAUCAAAAAGUUCUCAAGAGGGUCUUCUAACUGAUGUGGAAGGAAAGUAUUCUGAAGCUUCAGUUGAAAGAGUAGAAUUUUCAGAGUAUCAAAAAACUCUUUCUGGCUAUCAAUCUGGUGAAGAAAAGGUAAGAUUAUCAGCAACAGAGUUGCUCAGUACUUCAGGUCAGGAAUUUGAGUCAUUCAGGAGGUAUUCUCGUUCAGGGCCUCUAACUAUUGGGAAGAAAAGGCAGUUCUGGCAGAAGUUGAGAAGUUUGUCUAGAGGUAGCUCCAGUGAACAUGGAUCCCAUUAAGCUUUUCAUAAUCUUGCGUUUUGCAUACCGAAUUCAUUGUUCCCUGAAUCGCAUGUUAGAUUCACUUGAGAGAAAAUAUUGUGAUAAUAAUCUAAAAAGUCACAAACUACAACUACUUUUGCCAAAUGUAUAAACUACAUGCCCAUGUUGGUUUCUAGGUAACUAUGUCUGAACAAUUGGUACUACAGAGAAUAGUGUUAUAGUAACAAGUGGUACGUGUGAUCUUUAAAAA